GCGCCCCCGGGUGCUUUCUUGUCGCGCAGGAUUGGCGCCCCAAGGCGAGCUGUUACACACUCUCCGGCCGGCUGGGAAUGGUAUAUCUGCUGUCGGGCUGGGGUAUGGGCGAUCCGCGAGCGCCGUCUAGUGUGAGCACCGAGCGAGUCGUCCUCAAGUAUGGCGUCGACCAGCAGCAUGUGCAGCAGCAGCACCAGCAUGUGCAGCAGCCGGAGCCGCAGCCGCAGCAGGACGCCAGCGCGAGCCUCCCCUUGCAGCUCGACCACCUCCAUAUCGAGGACAACGCUGAGGUGGCGCUGCACCCGCUGCACAACCAGGUCGGCGGUCACACGCGACUCCUUCUCCUGAACCAGUCCACCAUCUGCAAGCCGCUCAACUCUCGGGAGCUCAACUUUUACCAAAACACCCCCCAUGACAUCAAGACGUUCGUCCCCAAGUACAAAGGCGUGAUGCAGGCGACGAACAGCGGCUCCAUGACGCUGGACAAGCGCUACAGCCCCAGCUUCCGCGACGAGCCUCGCGCCGCCAAGCGCAAGCGUGAGGCGGGCGCGGCGGCGGCGGCGGCCAACGGCGGCAGCUCGGGCGUGCUGCGCAUGAAGGUGCAGCGCGAGGGCGCGUUCGGCGGCGCGGGCGGCGGCGGCGUGCCGUCGGGCGCGCAGCUCUUCCUGCUGCUCGAGAACAUCACCUCGCGCUACCGCCAGCCCUGCAUCCUGGACCUCAAGAUGGGCACCCGGCAGCACGGCGACGACGCCUCGGCCGAGAAGCGGAGCAAGCAGAUGGCCAAGUGCGCCGCCAGCACCUCGGCGUCGCUCGGCGUCCGCCUGUGCGGCAUGCAGGUGUACCAGGCCGACACGGACAACUACGUGAAGCGGGACAAGUACUGGGGCCGCGAACUGAGCGAGGAGGGCCUUAAGGCGGCCAUGUACCGCUUCUUCCACAACGGCUACCAGCUGAGGACGCAGGUCAUCCGGCGCAUCCUCGGUCGCCUCGAGGCGCUGCGGCGGGCCAUCGAGCGCCAGUGCAGCUACCGCUUCUACUCCUGCUCGCUCCUGAUGGUGUACGAGGGCUGCGAGUGGGACCACAUGACCCCUCGGCGACACUCGGCGCACUCCGUGCCGUCGGCGUCGGCAGACAAGCAGCGCCGCUGCUCGCAAGACUUUUUAAUCAAUGACGAAAGCACCCAUGACUCAUCUGACAACAGCCGCAGCGCUGGCUGCUGCUAUGACGCGGACGCGAGCAACUCGUCCAUGGACUUCAUGAUGUCGCCGCGACACGGGGACGCCGACGGCCACAGCGAGCUGGACGUGGACGUGAGCCAGGACUCGCACCAACGGGGCUUCGGCGAGGCGGCCGCACGCGGCGCCAAGAACUCGUCGUCCUCGUCUUCCUUUUUCCCGAUCUCCGAGGACACCAUGUUCCUCGACACCCCGCCCUCGUCGCAGCCCAGAGACCUGGGCGCCUCCAUGCCCAGCCCCUGGCUGAUGUACAGCAGCGGAGUGGGCGACUUCUGUUCGUCGCCGCCGCACAGCUCAGAGGAGCUGUCCUCCGACCUGGAGCUCCAGCUGCCACAGCUGGGCGCCAAGCGGGUGCGGCAGCAGCUGCGCUACGACCAGGACAUCUCUCCCGGCCAGGGCACCGAGGAAGAGGACGAGGAGGACGACGAGGACGAAGAGCUGUCGCCGUCAGCGACGGACAGGUCGCUGACUUCGCUGACCAGCAAGCGGUUGCGGUCCACGCGGCCGAGCGCGGCCUGCCAGCCCGUCCACUCUCACGGGCUCGGCCACGGCGCGGAGCAGGGCUGCAAGUCCAAGUCCAAGGCCAAGCCCAAGCCUAAACCCGCCAUGCCCGCCAUUCCCCACGACGAGGACGACGACCUCACGCCCUCCGUUCGCGUCGACGUGCGCAUGAUCGACUUCGCGCACACCACGCUGGCCCACCCGUCGGGCGCUGGCAACACGUCCUCGGGCACCGUGCACCACGGCCCGGACUGUGGCUUCCUCACGGGGCUGGACAGCCUGCGCCGCAUCCUCAUGGAGAUCCUGUGCGAGGACUAGGAGGAAUGUGGUGCGUCAGCCCGAAACUUGGAUCUCUUUAUUUUCCCCGUGAUACUGCAUGGCACCCCCCCCCCUUUCCCCUCCCCCUUUUAACACCCUCUUCCCCCUUCCCAGCGGUUCUGGAGAACAUCCCCGUCUGAUCGCAUAGUGAUUGAUUGAAUGGUGCGUCAGCUGACUUCUGAGUGGUAGACAGUCUCGUCAGCGACGAGCUCGAUCUACCAAGUCUUAAGUGUCCUUGUUGAAGGAUAUGUUGGUUUAGAUGUUUGGAGAAGCACAUAUCCGUAUUGUGUGCUGUUCGUUUUCAGAUUGACAGAAUGGAACAGCAAAAAUCAGCUUUGGUUCCAUUAUAAGCCUAAUGUGUGAGUAACUGAAGGAUCUGGCUGCAAAUCAACCCGUUAUCCUUCGGUCUUAUUACCUAUUGACCUUGACAAUUCAUGUAGAAUUUUAGAUUCCCAUUUUGAAGCAAGCCUGUUUCCGCUUGCAGUGACUUAAUUGGUUUCCUUUCUAAUAUCUUUUAAAAUGAAUACUCAAUUUUUGACAAAGUGGUGCGCUCUUUUAGCAUUUGUUUUGAGCAAUAAAAACUUGUUGUGUUGUUCUGCAUUCAAAAAUUUAAUAAUGUUACUUUUUACAGAUCACUUUAAUUUUUGUUAUCUGUGAAAUUUGUCGUUACUUUUAAUGAAACAAUAUGGUUGUGCGUAACUUGUUAAUUUGGUUGUAAUGAAGUAUGUCAUUUUGUCUCGCCAAGGAGGUAGUCCCUUUGAUUUUAUUGGUGAUCAAUGCCAUAUUUGCCCCAAUCAAUUUUCAGUGAGGGCUUUUGAAUUAACGAGGAAAGAAAAUACAAGGAGAUACUGUUCAAAGUUUACCUUGCCUCCUUUCUAACACAAGAUUUGCUCCCUAUUAGUUUCUCAAACUUCGACAGAGGAUGUGCAUCGAGUAUUAUUUCAACAUUUGUUAUUUUCCAAAAUUCAAAUUAAUUUUGUGUUCAUGAUAAGAAAAGUAUCCGUAAAUCAGAUCUCAAUUGAAGACCUUGUUGUGUUGAUGAUUUUAUCACAGUUUCAUGAAAGUGUAAUGUCUUGGCUACAUUCUUAUUCUGUCAUAGUAUUUUAAAACCAUUGUUUACGUUCUUCAGUUUUGCUUGGAACUUAAUUUAGCAGCUCUGUUAGAGCUGUUAGAACAGGGUAGUCUUGCUUGAAUGCUGUUAAUUAAAUUGAUAUGGUCUCAAGUAAAUUUGAGGCUGAAAUAGUUUUAGUUGAUGCUUAGACAUCAUCUCAUCUCUCAUACAGUCAAUUCAAACUGCAUCAAAGUAUUUUAAAUGAGAAAUUUUCUCCAGAAAAGAUCACUAUCUAAUUUCUGGUGAGUUAAAGUUUUAUGAGAACCACCAAAUCAAUCCUUUUUGUGGAAAUUAUCUAAAUUGGCAAUGUUCUAGAUUCUGUAUCGUUACAUUUGGAGUGCUUAGCAAUAUUUGGAGUAAAUUUGUAUUAUGAUUGUUUUAUGUCUAUAAAAGAACCUCUGUAAAUGCAAAUUCUGAACCUAAUUUCUUGGCAGUAGCAGUCUUAUUUUGACUUUAUUUAAGAUAUUCCUAGGAACCUGGCAGUAUUCUUGUACAAAAGUCUAGUUAUUUUUAUAGAACAUUGUAUAUUUAUACUGUAGAUAGUUUUUGUAUGCCUUCUUUGUUCUUUUUUUGCCCUUAUUUAAUUGUUUAUUAUGCAAAAGUAAUUGUGUGAAUCAUUUCCAUGAGCAUUCUUUUACAUAGCUCAACUCAGUUAUAUCCCCUGUUGAAUUGGAUUUACUGAAGUGAGGUCAUGUUUUGUGUAAAACCUUCUGUUCUCUUGAAGUUAGAUUUUUGUGGAGUGUUCAUUCCUUUUAGAAAUCUUUGGUAGUGAAGUUGACCAAGCCAAGCAUAUUUUUAUGUUUCAUAGUUAGAGUGACUUCCACAAUCUGUUUAUAUGUAUGUGUGAUUGUGUUUCUUCCAACACUGUGAUAUUUAUUCUGUCAGUGUAUCUUUGUCCUGUGUUUUAGCCUAGGUUCUGGAGUAAAUUUCAUGUAUUUUCUUUCUUAUUUUUGCAUUUAAGUGUGAUAUACAUCUUGAGCAAAGGCACUUAUUUACAACUGUUGUUGCACGAAUCUCCUCCAACCUUUUUUAAAAGUGCAGACCAACGUUGGUCAAAGUGUGAUUAUGAAGCUCUUUGAUGUCUUUUUCUUUCCGAUUUGAGUUUGAAAAAAAGGAAAUCAAAGAAAUUUGAUUGUUAUUUUUCUGAAGGGAGCCGUUCUAAACAGCAGCCCUUCUAGUUGUCUUGGUGAUGAAUUGACUUUAUUUUGCAAUUAAUAGUGUUUUCUCAUCACUUUUAUUACUGCCAUCAGGACAUCAGUAGGCACAGAAAAUAGUUACACUAUUAUAUGUUGAAAAAGUUUGUUAAAUUUACAGUUGCUGUGACAUGUCUGUGUUCACUACUACGUGGGCCAUGUUUAGCAUUAACUGUGAUAUUUGAAACUUUCUAACAAUCUGGUAAUGAGUUACCAAUGUUGCAUAUGUCUUUUUCUUGUGUCCUUAGUGUUUUAUGGAGUGUAUUUGAUGUACAAUGUGAUGGACCACAUUAAUAAAUAGUGAGCCUUGUC